AACGUGUUUCCUUUUCGCCGGUACAGUUGUCGAAAUGUGAUUGGUUCAUUCAGCGAUCUAAAAAUAGUACACCGGAAGUUGUAGCUGCACGAGAGAGAGCAACAAAGUGUUUUUAAAUGGCGGCCUUCGGUGUUCACUUCGGCACGUGUUCUGCUUGCCUGGCUGUUUACAAGGAUGGGAAAACAGAUGUUGUAGCCAAUGAUCUUGGAGACAGAGUAACACCUUGUGUUGUUGCUUUCACUGAACAUGAAGUGACAGUUGGGGCAGCAGCUAAACAAGGAAUAAUUCGCAAUGCAUCAAAUACAGUUUCACAAGUUAAACGUGUUCUUGGCCGAAACUUUGAUGAUCCUGUAUCACAAGCCUACAUUUCAUCCUGUCCAGUCAAGAUCCUCAAGCAGGACACCACACCAGUCUUUGAGGUGGACUGCCAGGGGAGGAAACAGCAGAUCAAACCCAGUAAAAUAGCUGAAAUCAUCUACCGAAAAAUGUUAGAAACAGCUCAGAGUCAUGGAGGAAGUGGGAUCCAGGAUGCUGUAUUGGCUGUACCUGGUGACUUCACAGCUGAGCAGAGAAAUGCUGUCAGUGAAGCUGCAACAAAGGCUGGGUUCAACGUCCUGCGAGUGAUCAAUGAGUGCUCUGCUGCCGCAUUAGCAUAUGAUCUUGGUCAAGUGGACAACAGUGAAGAGUAUAAUGUGCUUGUUUAUCGACUGGGGGGUACGUCCCAUGAGGCUACUGUGCUGCAGAUCCAAAAUGGCAUGUACCGCAUUCUAGCAUCUUGUAAUGACCAUUCUUUUGGUGCUGAUCACUUCACAGAGAUUCUACAAAAGCACCUUGCAUCUGAGUUCCAAAGAAUGUAUCGCAGUGAUCCUCUGGAAAACAAAAGAGCUGCAGCCAAGCUCCUGUUGAGUGCAGAAGUCUGUAAGCAUACUCUGUCCAAUCUUACCAAUGCUCAGUGUGCUGUGGAUUCUCUACAUGAUGGCAUUGAUUUUCACUGUCCUGUGUCAAGGGCUAGAUUUGAGAGUUUGUGUAGCACCAUUCUUCCACAAUGCACACAGCUAAUACAGUCUGCACUAACAGAGGCUGUCUGCUCCAAACAGGACAUAAUGCGGGUAGUGCUCUGUGGGGGUGGUGCCAGGAUGCCCCUGGUGCAACGUGUUAUUUCAGACUUUUUUCCAGCAUCAGAACAGCUUACAUCAGUCAGUGGCGAUGAAGUUAUAGCCAUUGGGGCAGCUAAAGAGGCUGCAAUCUUGGUGGGCAAAGAGGAUAGUCAACUGCUUGAGAUGGAAAAUCAAACUUCAGUGCAGUGUCUUUCCAAAGCAGUUGCCAUCAGGGUAAAUGGUGAAAAGGAAGAUAAUAGCAACAGGCUGCAAGUAAUCUUUCCAAUAGGCAGUUUGAUUCCCUCAAGACAGCAGCACACAGCAACACUGACUUCUACUCAAACAUCUUUUGUCCUGGAAGUGUAUGAAGCGGGCGAUACAGAUAGUCUUGGCACAGCCCAGAAACUUGGAAAGAUUGUUAUGAGGGAUCUCCCAGCUGGAGCAGUUAUCAAGACUAACUUCCAUCUGAAGAGAGAAGGGGACUUGCAUAUAACAAGCCACGAUGUCACAUCAGGUCACCAAGAGAGCAUCAGCAUUGGAGCCUCAAGCAGUUCUGACCAAAGUUGAUGAGGUUUUACCUUAGGCAUUUCACAUUUUAAUCUUUUCUGAGUUUUGGCUUGUGUAGAUGACGUACUUGCAACUGAGCAUUAAUUGGUCCGCUAUUUUGAAAGCAAAAGAAGUCUCUGUUAACUAUGUGUGAUAUUGUGAGCUAGUGAAGCAUUCAAAACAGAAAUGGGUUCCAUGUGUUGUUUAUUCACUUGUUCAUUCUCAAAGCAAUUUGUAAACACAAUAAAAUUGUUUCAUCAA